AUGGAAUUGAGAGAUAAAUUCAUAAACCUAGGUGGGAUAGGAGAAUUGAUAAAGGGAAUAGAGAUGAUGAUAGAAAUCAUACUGAGAAACAGAAGAAUUCCGUACAGGUACAACUCUUAUUUGAACGAAAUGAAAAAAAUGCGAUCUUUGUUGUCUAAUAGAACAAAGACUAAUACCUUAAUUGAGUCGGUCAAGAUUCAAUCUGUUUAUCAAAGUGCUUCUCUGAUUGCUCAAGACAUCUCUUUUCAACUGAGGAACAAAAGAAUCGAAUUUCGUUCCAUUUUUAGUCAAAUAGUGAAGGAUAUUUCAUUAUUAAUGAAUAAAGGGGUAGAGGGGAUCCGUAUAUGUUGUUCAGGUCGAUUAAAAGGCGCAGAAAUAGCGCAAACUGAAUGCGGAAAGUAUGGAAAAACAUCUUGUAAUGUAUUUCACCAGAAAAGAGAUUAUGCUCCUGCGGAAGUAUCUACUCGUUACGGAAUCUCAGGUGUCAAAGUGUGGAUUUCAUAUAGUAAAAAAAGGGGGGACGUGCUAUAUCCGAAACGUACGAAAUAUAGUAAAGGAAGGCAGGCUGCCCUGACGACCGACGCUCUACCUCGGGCUUUGGUCGGAAUCUCAUUUCUUGAAGCGGAAAGGCGAAGACUUGAGAACCCGAAACUCAAUCAAAAACAGAAAGAAGGAAAGCAGAAGGGAGAAGGUCUGAGGAAUUCUGUGAUUUCCGGGUCCGCAGCUGGGGAAGAAGCCGAAGGUGCAAAGAGAGCACCGGAUCUUGCAUGA